AUGUACCAUACUACUCAUUUAACUGAACAAGGUUUUGAAGAAAUCAUUCGAGAGUUGAUUGGCAAUGGGCACAAGAUUGACAUACCUCAGAUUGACAUAUCAAUAGGCAUGGAGAAAAUGUCGAACUUUCCAAAUUGUACCAAUACUCGUCGAUCACGUGCGGUGGCUCGGACUUUGGUUAAUAUAGAAGUGCGUCAACAUCUUCCGAAUGUUACUGAGUUUGAGAUUAGAAAAACUACAGAAUUAGCCCUAAAGAUAUACCGAUUAUUUAGCGUUGUUGAGGGAUACAGCAAAUUAGAAUCAUUGACCGCAUCAGAAAUUUCGCUAUUUAGUUAG